GCUUCCAGCCUUUGCUCCGCGCCAGAUCCGGCCCCGUCGUCCAGCUGCCCUCCUGCAGCGGCUCGUCACCUCCGGGGUCCCAGCCUCUACGGGCCGGGACCGCCGCCGCCGCCGCAGGACGGGGAGGCGGGCCAUGGCGUCCUGCGUGGGGAGUCGGACCCUGAGCAAAGAUGAUGUGAACUACAAGAUGCAUUUCCGGAUGAUCAACGAGCAGCAAGUGGAGGACAUCACCAUCGACUUCUUCUACCGGCCGCACACCAUCACCCUGCUCAGCUUCACCAUCGUCAGCCUCAUGUACUUCGCCUUCACCCGGGAUGACUCUGUCCCAGAGGACAACAUCUGGAGGGGCAUCCUCUCUGUCAUUUUCUUCUUCCUUAUCAUCAGCGUGUUAGCUUUUCCCAACGGCCCAUUUACUCGACCUCAUCCGGCCUUAUGGAGAAUGGUUUUUGGACUCAGUGUGCUCUACUUCCUUUUCCUGGUAUUCCUCCUCUUCCUGAACUUUGAUCAGGUUAAAUCCCUGAUGUACUGGCUGGAUCCAAAUCUUCGAUACGCCACGAGGGAAGCAGACAUCAUGGAGUACGCUGUCAACUGUCACGUUAUCACCUGGGAGAGGAUUAUCAGCCACUUUGAUAUAUUUGCGUUUGGACAUUUCUGGGGCUGGGCCAUGAAGGCCUUGUUGAUCCGUAGUUAUGGUCUCUGCUGGACAAUCAGUAUUACCUGGGAGCUAACUGAGCUUUUCUUCAUGCAUCUGCUGCCCAAUUUCGCCGAGUGCUGGUGGGAUCAGGUCAUCCUGGACAUCCUGCUGUGCAAUGGUGGCGGCAUCUGGCUGGGCAUGGUUGUUUGCCGCUUUCUGGAGAUGAGGACCUACCACUGGGCGAGCUUCAAAGACAUCCACACCACCACCGGGAAAAUCAAAAGAGCUGUGCUCCAGUUUACUCCUGCUAGUUGGACCUACGUUCGAUGGUUUGACCCCAAAUCUUCAUUUCAGAGAGUGGCUGGAAUAUACCUUUUCAUGAUCAUCUGGCAGCUAACUGAGUUGAAUACCUUCUUCUUGAAACAUAUCUUUGUGUUCCAAGCCAGUCAUCCAUUAAGUUGGUGUAGAAUUCUCUUUAUUGGUGGCAUCACGGCUCCCACAGUGAGGCAGUACUAUGCUUACCUCACUGACACACAGUGCAAACGCGUAGGAACACAGUGCUGGGUAUUUGGGGUCAUUGGUUUCCUGGAAGCUAUCGUGUGCAUAAAAUUUGGACAAGAUCUCUUCUCUAAGACCCAAAUACUCUAUGUUGUGCUUUGGCUUCUUUGUGUGGCUUUCACCACCUUCCUGUGUCUCUAUGGCAUGGUUUGGUAUGCAGAGCACUAUGGUCACCGAGAAAAGACGUACUCAGAGUGUGAAGACGGCACCUACAGUCCAGACAUCUCCUGGUCUCAUGGGAAAGGCUCAAAAGGUUCUGAGGACAGCCCACCCAAGCAUCCAGGCAACAACGAAAGCCACUCUUCCAGAAGAAGGAAUCGACAUUCCAAGUCAAAAGUCACCAACGGAGUGGGGAAGAAAUGAGAAGAGCCUGGCUCAUCGCAGAUGUCCCAGAGAGUGCCUAGAACUGAGAGGGGAAACAGAAUGGUGUGGCUCUCCCUGUGAGGAGGGCAAACAUGCAGUGCCAUCGGGACGAGGAGAGGGGGCUCGGGGGUCAUUCUUUGAGAGCGUGAGUCUUGUUUCCCACAGACCCGGCCACCCCAGGCAUCCUUUGCCAAUUCAAGGUCUCUUCCAACUUCAGCACUUGGCGUGCGGUCACGGGUAGGCGUGCGGAGCGUUGGCAGGCGGGGGGCGGCGGCUCCCUCCCCGCUGCCCCGGGCAGCGCCGCGCUUGCACCUACUGUGGUCCGCUGUAGUCGCGAGUCACUGAGACGGGGCGUUCGCAGCACGUUCGGACUGGUGACCGGACUUUAUUUUUAUGAAUCUGCCUCUCCCAUUCGACCGAUGGGUCUGAGUUCAGGCCCC